AUGAUCGCUGAGCGGAUGGAGUACCUUUCUACUAGGCUAACCGCAGCACAACACCGCGAUUACGAGAGCGUAAAGGAGGUAGUGCUCGAAGAGCUUAAAUUGUCGCCCGCAGAAUACAAAGGGAGAUUCCUCGGUGCACGAAAGCGCAAGACGGAAACGUGGAAAAGUUUCGCUACGAGACUGCGCAGCUUUCUCAAUUGUUAUGUUAGCUCCAGAGAUGUGCAGACGUACGAGGAGCUGGUCGAGCUUUUAGUGGUCGAUCAGCUGAAGACAGGCUUGUCAGGGGAGGCAUUGAAAUACGUUACCCUACGUGAGGGGACAACUUGGCUCAGGUCCUCGGAAUUAGCCAGGUUAUUGCAAACUUUCGAUGACGCUGCGGGCAACAUGAGAACGCCUGAAGUGCAACUAAGUGGCGCCAAACCGAAGGCCCCACCCAGACCAUUCAGUGGCUAUGCUAACAGAGGGACGGAGUGGGGGGGCAAUCCGAACACCCGACCGAAGCAGCCGCAUUCAGGAGGUAGAGAGAGUAAACCACGGACAUGCUUUGAAUGCGGGUCCCAAGGGCACAUUCGCAUUAACUGCCCUCGUCUGCGUGAAAGACGGCCUCAAAAUACGGUUAACGCGAACCGCGAUGACAGACUAACAGCAAGGGUGGCUACUGGAUGCUAUAAUGAGGGCGAAAGCCGCUUGCUGAACGCGACGUUACGUUGCAAGGGUAAAGAAAUAGCAGCAAUCGUUGACAGUGGGGCCGAGAUCACCGUUGUUAGAGAAAGCGUUGUUCCAGAUGAAUUAGUGCAGUCGCACGGAAAAAUCAGGCUGAGAUCGGCGUUCGGCGAGGAAGUAGAAGCGAAAUUGGCAGUGCUCCCCUUGGCUGUCAGGCAGGGUCGCCCAUCGUUUGCUUGCGUGGCGGAACAGACACCACUAUUGUGCGCCCUUACUGACAAAUUGAACUCACGCACAGACUGUCUUAUUUCUGCAGAGGAUUGGGGUAUUUUGCAAGAACAGAACGAUUGUGAUGAAGGUCCGAUCAUAGAGAGAAACGCCCCUGUAAUGGUCCCAGAGCUAGUGGGCACAGUAGAAACGGACGAGCAGGCUAUAAUCCCAGAAAAACUUGAGAACGCCAAAAGCAGGCAAGAGACAGCGGCGGCAUCUGAAGGUGUAGACUUCAAUGCCAUUGAGGACGGCAGCAUCGCGAUGAGUGACUCCGAGUCAUUCAAAAAAGAGCAGGAGGGUGAUGAGACUCUCAAGAAGGCGUGGCAGGACGCGAAAGGAGGAAAAGCGGGCAUGCUUAUAGUUGACGGCUUCCUGUUUCACCAGGACCGAAUCCUGGGACUACCUGUAAAACAGCUAGUUUUGCCAAAAGGUCGACGGGCCCAAGUUCUCAAACUCGCUCACGAAUCAUACUGGGGAGGUCACCUCGGUUUUCGCAAGACUAAUGCGAGAGUCAAGCUCAGUUUCUUUUGGCCAGGCAUGGAGAGAGAGAUCAGGGAACACUGCAAUAGCUGCCAUGGGUGUCAGGUGCGUGCCAACCGAAAACAAACAGAUAGGGACAGCUGA